AAGUCCAAUUGUGGCGUAGCCCAACCUUUUCCUUCUCAUAAUUCUAUGCCUUUUUCACUGUGCAUAGAAAGGAAGAGUUUUGGGUCUAGAGAGAGAGAGAAAAUAUAUCAAAAGAACUUGCAAGAAAGAAAGAAAGAAACAGGAACUGAUGAAUCACACGAAACAUAGUGCUUUCUUUUUUCUGUUUUUUUCACUCAUAAAUCCCAUCUGACCAGAUUUUUUUCCUCUUUUCUUUUGCAUUCUUUCUUUUUAAUGGCUAAAAGUGGAGUUCUUGAGACCAUACCAUGUACAGUGACAAAGGCAACAGAGUUAAAGAAAGAAUUGGAGAAGCUAGUAAAGGCAAUUCUUGAUGAGGAGGAUUAUAGAGUGGAGGUCACUGAUGAAGCCAUGAGGGUUUUGAGUGUCUUGAAAGAAUUGAAAUUCAAGAAAUCUUUGAAGAUGGUAGAUGAUAAAAUUGUCCCUGAAGAAUUCAAAUGUCCCAUUUCAAGGGAGAUAAUGGGUGACCCUGUUGUCUUGGCUACUGGACAGACUUAUGAUCUACCAUUCAUCCAAAGAUGGCUAAAUGAAGGGCACCGAACAUGUCCCCAGACCCAGCAAGUCCUUUCUCAUACUAUCCUGACCCCUAAUCGGUUGGUGCGAGAAAUGAUUUCACAGUGGUGCAAGGAGCGUGGAAUUGAGCUACCAAAGCCCGUGAAGGAUGUUGAUGGUGAGGUGUGUACUGAUGCGGACAGAGGCCAUCUGAAGUCACUGCUUGAAAAGAUGUCCUCUUCCCUUUCAGAUCAAAAGGAAGCUGCAAAAGAGCUUCGGCUGCUUACUAAAAGGAUGCCAUCGUUCCGGGCCCUUUUCAGUGACUCAAUCGAUGCCAUUCCAAAAUUGCUCAAUCCACUAUCACCAGGCAGAGCUAACACUCACCCUGAUCUGCAAGAAGAUUUGAUCACAACAGUUUUGAACCUCUCCAUUCAUGACAAUAAUAAACGGCUAGCUGCAGAAAAUCCACUUGUCAUCCCUCUGCUUGUUGAAUCUGUAAAAUCUGGAACUAUUGAAACAAGAAGCAAUGCUGCCGCCGCCAUCUUCUCCUUGUCAGCCCUAGAUUCGAACAAGCUCAUUAUUGGAAAAUCAGGUGCUCUCAAACCUCUAAUUGACCUUUUAGAAGAAGGGCAUCCACUGGCAAUGAAGGAUGCUGCAUCGGCAAUAUUCAACCUAUGUCUUGUCCUUGAGAAUAAAGGUAGGGCUGUCCGAGAAGGGGCAGUCAGGGUAAUCCUUGAAAAAAUCAUGGAUUGCAUCUUUGUUGAUGAGUUGUUGGCUAUUCUUGCAAUGCUUGCUAGCCAUCAGAAAGCUGUUGAGGAAAUGGGGGAGCUUGGUGCGGUUCAUUGUUUGCUUGGCAUUAUAAGGGAGAGCAGUUCUGAGCGCAACAAAGAGAAUUGUGUUGCAAUUUUACACACAAUCUGUCUAAACGACUACUCUAAAUGGAGGGACAUUAGGGAAGAGGAAAAUGCCAAUGGUACGCUUGCGAGACUAGCAGAGAGUGGGACUUCAAGAGCCAAGAGGAAAGCUAAUAGCAUCCUCGAGAGACUGAAUAGAGCUGCUUCACUCACACAUACUGCAUGAUAGAAUAAACAACAGUCUGAAGAUAUUGCCUACUAGUCCUUGUACAUGCUGUCUUCCUACACUCUCAUUGUACAGACCGAUAGUUUGGCCAUUUGCUGUAGAAAGUUCACAUAUCGUCACAUGUUUCCUAUUUCUGUCCCAGGCUUGUUUUGGUUCAUCCAUUGAUAACACAUGAGCAAAGAACAUAUGGAGUUUAACCCCUAAUAUGAUGAGUGGAUAUAAAAUAGUUAUACUGGUGAGUUUUUUA